CUUCAGUUGGCUAAUUUCAAUGUAAGUGUUAAAAAUCCUGUAGUAUUAUUGAAAGAAGUUUAUUUAAUCAAGUUUUAGCACGAGUCUGAAGGCGUAGAGCUUCAUAAUGGAGCACAGUGACUGCUGUUAUCCGGAUGCAGCAGGUUGGUUUGUAAUUUAAAGUUACGGGCGAAGAGAAAAUGACGCAGUUGUGGUUAAAGUGGCGUAAAAAUCACAACGUUUUACACAUUUCACUAAGUAUUUCCUAAUUCGUGGGGUUUGCACCGCAGCUCCUGUAAUGCGCGCUCUGGCAGCUGCGGAGCGCGCACGCAGUUCCGAAGCAGCGUCACAGGUCGACGCCGACGACGUCACCGCUGCCUUUGUGGCGUUAUGGCCGCUUGCGUAGAAGCAGGAGUUCUUUGAUUUAAUUGUUUUAUGGGAACUGGCCUGUAGGUGGAAGUUCUCGUCAUGACGGUGACUCGGUUGUUUCGGCUGCUGGUCAGAAACUCAGAAGUUCGCUUAACUUUCCGCAGGACUUACAGCAAGAUUCAGUCGUCUCCAGCUCUAAGUCAGCGGCUGCAGGUCUUUGAGUCUCUCAGGGAGAAGCAAGAAAAGGGUAAAGGAGCGACAGAGAGAGCCCUCGCCGUCCGCCUGGUCGACGGUGACCUCGCUGUGAAGGGAACAGCCGGCGUCACCACGCCUCUGUCUGUAGCACAGAGUCUGAGGCUGAAAGGAGGCCUGGUGAGCAGGGUUAAUGGGGAGCUGUGGGAGCUGGGGCGCCCUCUGGAGGCUGACUGUGAACUGCAGCUGCUGGGGUUUGACACAGCUGAAGGAAAACAGGCAGCGUGGAGGACAGGAGCGUGUGUCCUCGGUGGUGUGUUGGAGGCUGUGUUCGGUGCUGAGGUGUGCAGAGAAGGAGCAUCAGAGUUCGGACUUUUCUGUGACCACGUAUUGAGCAACAGCUCCUUGUCUCUGAGUGAGGUGGAGGAGAGGUGUAAGGAGGCUGCAGCUCUCAAACUUCCUUUGAUCAGACUGGAAGUGAAGUCAGAGGAGCUCAGAGAACUUUUCCAGGACAGUAAGCUGAGGCUGCAGUUUGUUGAAGAACAGAUGAACGGCUCCACUGUUAACGUGUACAGGUGUGGAGACAGUAUAGCAGUGUGUAACGGCCCCCUCCUCCCUCACACAGGCUUCCUGAAGGUCUUCAAGAUGCUGCAGCUGUCCGCCGUCGCUCCGACCAAUCAGAAGGAGCCCUCAGCUUUAACGCGACUGUCGGGCGUGGCGUUUCCAGGAGAGAAGGACAGGGAGAAGUGGGAGAGGGAGCAGGAGGAGGCGAGGAGGAGAGAUCACAGGCGCAUAGGAACAGAGCAGGAGCUGUUCUUCUUUGAUAAAGUCAGCCCAGGCAGCUGCUUCUUCCUCCCUAAAGGAGCCCACAUCUACAACACCCUCACUGACUUCAUUAAGAGCGAGUACCGAAGGCGAGGCUUCACCGAGGUCGUGACCCCGACUCUGUACAGCACUGCAUUGUGGGAGCGCUCGGGCCACUGGGAGCACUACGGCAAGAACAUGUUCACCGUGACGUCGGAGGGCUCUCAGACCUUCGCUCUGAAGCCCAUGAACUGUCCUGCUCACUGUCUCAUGUUUGAGCAUCGAGUUCGCUCGUGGCGGGAGCUUCCUGUGCGGUGGGCCGACUUCGGGGCGCUGCAUCGUAACGAGCUCUCUGGAGCUCUGGGAGGUCUGACUCGGGUCCGCAAGUUCUGUCAAGAUGAUGCUCACAUCUUUUGCACUCCUGAGCAGCUGGAAGAGGAGAUCGUGGCUUGUUUGGACUUCGUGCGGAGCGUCUAUCAAGUGUUUGGGUUUUCCUUCCACUGCCUGCUGUCCACACGCCCCACACCGUGCCUCGGGCUGCCUGAACAGUGGGACAACGCGGAGCAGCAGUUAACAAGGGGUCUAGAGCAGUUCGGUGAACGUUGGGAGCUAAACCCCGGUGACGGAGCUUUCUACGGCCCAAAGAUCGACAUCCUGAUUAAAGAUGCAAUCGGCCGGCAGCACCAGUGCGCCACAAUCCAGCUGGACUUUCAGCUGCCGAUCCGAUUCGACCUGCGGUACGUCAGCCCAGACAGUGAGUUGUGCAGACCAGUGAUGAUCCACAGAGCUGUCCUGGGAUCCCUGGAGAGAAUGAUCGCCAUACUGGCUGAAAACUUUGCAGGAAAAUGGCCGCUGUGGUUGUCUCCAGCGCAGGUGAUGGUGAUUCCUGUAGGGGGCAGCAAUGAGUCAUACAGCAGGCAGGUGGUGCAGCAGUUCCGUGAAGCCGGCUUCAUGGUUGAUAUGAACGACGAUCAGAGUUCCACCUUAAAUAAGAAGAUUCGCUCGGCUACGUUGGCUCAAUACAACUACAUAUUUGUGGUGGGUGAUAAGGAGCGUGAAAGUGGGACGGUGAAUGUCAGGACCAGAGGAAAUAAACAAGUGGGCAUGAGGCCGACGGAGGAGGUGCUCGCAUCUCUAAAACAUCUACGUGACACCAGGAGCAACCUGGACGAGUUCUGAUAAACAAAUGUACUUUUUUUUUACGGAUGUAAAUGUUAGCAAAUAUAAUAAAAUGACAUGAUUUACUGAA